AUGUUUCACUUUUCCAAGCUGCCCUCUGAGCUGAAGCGUUCCGUGCUUCAAUCGGACCUAUGGGCUGAGACAAGGGAGUUGUCGCGAGCUAACCGGGACCUCUGCUCACAUGUUAUUCUCCAAUCAGCCACCCUUCCCAAGCGAAUCAAGGAGAUCUGCUUUUCUGCCCACACACCAGCCUCAUUUACCAUUUACGUGCCCUACAAAUAUCUGGAAAAUCCGUGCGCGAAUGCCGAUCAAGUGCCCCGUUUUGAGAUGCCCUCAAAAAUUGGUCCCUCUCACACGGCCUACAUCACAGCCUUGAUGCGGAUGAUUCACAUAUCUCAACGGAUUUACAUUCGAUUCGACUCUGACGAGACAGCAACGGAUCCCGGAUUUCUCGAAAAUCUCCGCCAUUUCUUCGCCGAGUUGGGACUGCUCUCGAAUUUGAGAUGUUGUCAACGCUUUGAAUGCUAUGCCCAUCCAGCUGUGGCCACCAUCAUACUCGCACACCUCGACUCGCUCAGCUGUGUGGAUUUGUGUGGAGUUCACUUUGCAUACAGUUGGCUUGACUUCCAAGUGGGACUCAACUCUUUUCUCAACGGUCACUUUCCUCGGCGAUCCCCCGAUCAGACGGGCGUUCUUCGAGGAGUUUUCGAUCGGGAUGAUGCUGGGCUUCCAGUUGGCAUUUUUGGAGAGAUCACUGCUUAUUCCUAUCUUAAGGACAUUGUGCGGAUCGUCGGUGAUUCUUCAACAGUCGACCGUCGAUCGUCGGACUCGAUGAUCGCUCUGAAUGAGGCUGAUCGGCAGAGAAUAGCCACGCUCGUCGGGUCACUUGACGCUGCCAAAUGUCCAAUCCUACCCCAAAACACGCCUACAGGGGGACCUAGAAUGAACGCCGGUUCGGCCCCCAGCGGUACGUGUUCAGACCCAGAUGCCAAUUGCUAUAGCUGGGCGGGUGUCGAUAUGUGUUGGAUUGAUCUGGGUGAGCCAAGCUCCAAAUGCCCACCAAAGCCCGCGCCAACGGCUCAAGUCACCUACAGUCGAGGCCAUGUUGAUCCACUUGAGAAGGGUACGUCGUGUCCAGAAUCUUCCCCGUGUUUCAACGAUGGAACCUAUGAUUACUGCUACAUUCCCAACUAUGCAAGUGAUAGCAAAUACGGCUGUCCUCCUGUUCCCGAAAAUAUCAGCUCUGCCGGCUAUGAGGCCAAUUAUGUGAUGCCGAACGACGAGGGCAAAUGUGCUUCGGAUGAGACGUGCUACGUGGCCGGUGGUGGUGGCGCCGAGGAUCGUUGCUAUUAU